AUGGAUAAAACAUAAAAUUUAAAUAUAAUUUUUAAGGAUUCUAUAUUUGAUUCCAAUAUGUUGAUAAUCACAAGACUAAGUACUUUACUAUUUAAAAAUUUUUCCUUUUAAAAAGAUAAAAUUAAAGAUUCAGCAUCCACUAUAGUUGUUUCAUUGUAAUAAGGAGAUUUAAAAAUAGUGAAUUCAAUUUUUAUAUAAAAUAUUGUUACUAAUUCUACUGAUUCUAUUUUACGCAUUAAAGCAGCUUCAAUAGAUUACAAACACAUCUUGUUAUAAUAAUAAUAUCAUUUCUUAUAAUAACAUGAGUAAAAAUCUGCUAAUUUUCAAUUAAGUAAUGAAUAAGAUUUAACAAUUACAUUUCCUAUUAAUUCAAAAAAGUAGAAAUGGAAUCUUGGUUGCUUCCAAGAUUAUUUUGAAUAAAGUAAUGAUUUUCAAGUCUUAUGCUAAUUAAGGUGGAGGAUUUACUUUAAUUAUCUAGGGUACUAUAAAAUCAAUAAUAUAAAAAGUUAAUAGAAAAUUAGAAAUAAAAGCCUCAGAUAAAAGCAUUAUAAAUAUAGAAGAUUCAUAAUUUUACAAUUCUUAAACUUCCCUAUGAUGUUCUUCAUAUUCUGUAGGCGGUUGCAUUUAUAUUGAUGCAUAAUUAGCAACAUUAAAAUUAAUAAAUAUUUGUUAAAUUUUUCAGUAGAAGAGAAGGAGGAGGGCUUUAUAUAAUUCCAUCAUCUUAGAAUAAUGAAAUUUCAAUGAAGUAGUUAAAGAUUUCCAAUUGUUUUUCUAUAUAAAAUACAUUUUUUUCUUUUUAAUAUUUAAAUUUGGAGCAAGUUAAAUUUAAUAUAAAUUUAAAUCAAAUAGACUUUACUUAAACGGAAAAAGUUUUUUUCACUCUAUUAGAAUUACCAAUAAUAUUAGAGUUUGAUACAAUUCGAAGUAAUAAUCCAAUUAUUAUGGUAAAAUAUGAACAUUAAGAUUGUGAAUUGCAACUUCUAUCCAAUUCACAUAUAGAGUCUAAUUAAAAUAGAGUAAGCCAAUAAUGUUAUUUUAGAGAAUAUUGGCAUAAUAAAUUCUUCCUUUUAAGAUGCAUCUUUGAUAAAAAUAACACUUAUAAAUUGUUAUUUUAUAUUCAUAAUAUCUGGCUCUAAGUGGAGAAAUCUAGUUUCUGAAUUUAUCCUUAUUAAAUAUACCAGAAAUCUAGAACCAUCAAAAAAAUCUUGCUUUUUAAAAGAUUAGGAAUUUCAUUAGCAAUCAUACUAAAUAAUAUAAUCUCAUUAGUAUUAAUCUAAUUUGUCUAUACAAUGCAAGGUUAAUGCAACUCCAACUGUUGAAUUAAAUUUAAUUGAAUUAGAUACUUCUUGGUAACAUUUAUAAAUUAAAUGUAAUUUGAAGAAAAUUUAUGAAAAAAGAAUUAUAAUUUUAUCAUUAUUGAAAUUUAAAAAAUAAAUGAAAAUCAUAAAAUAAUAUGUUAAUCUUUAAUUUAAAGUCUACCAAUUGUACUAAAUGUUUGGAUGGACUGAUUAGUAAUCUAAAUAUUAAUUAGAUUUAAUAUGAAAAUAUUCUUUUUUUAAGUAUAAAUAAUAGUGUUUUUGGAUACACAGGCUUUUUUUCAAUAAUAAGUUAGUGGAAUGAAAAUGCUUUGAACACUGAAAUGAUUUUUACUAAUCCAAAUGAAAGAUAAUUAUAAUAGCAUGAUUAUACCAAAUUAACAUUAUCAUUAAAUCAUCAAGUUAAGAUAAUUGAUAGUUUAUUUUUCAACAAUAGUGCAAUCUUUGGUGGAUCAUUGUUCAUAGUUGAAGCAUAGGUUGUGAUUUAAAAUUCUAGAUUUUAACAUAAUUCUUCUAUUGUUGGAGGUGCUGUUUACGAUUAUUCUAAUAGUGCAAAUUUAUUUAUAUUUGUUAGUUUUUAUAUCGAAAAUAUUGUUUAAAUGGCUGGAGGAAUAUUUGUUCAUUAAUAAUCAAUUCAAUAAACAAUUUAAUUGGAUUUAAUUAUCUUAAAUAAUACAUCAUCAACAUUUUCUUAAGAUAUUUUUGAAAGUCCCCGUUCUUUAACUCUUUCGAUUGAUACUGGAAAGACUUUCUUAAAAAAGAAAGUAAUAUAAAAAACUACAACAAAAGUUAUAGAAUAAAUUGAAAUAAAUCCAUAUAAUAUAUUAGGAUAUUCUCAAAAAGAAAAUGUUCUCACUUUAGAAAAUUCAAAAUUGAUUCCUUAUAAUUUGACAUUUCGGAUUAUUCCUUUGAAUAAAUUUAAUCAACAAUUGAAGAAAUUACCAGAUUCCUUUUGUAUAAUUUCUCAUUAUGUUCUAAAUUUGUCUAAUAAUACUAUUUUAACAUAAUUUAAGGUACAUUAUCAAAAACUAGAGUACAAUUUAAUUAAGAUACCGAAGAUUUUAGCAUAGAUAAUUUAACUAUCAAUUUUCAUCCUUUUAUAGAUUAAGAUAUUGUUUUAAUUUUAAUAAUAAAUUGAAAUAUUAUUAAAAUUCCCUAAUUUGAUACCUAACCACUAGACUAAAUUACCAAUUGCAUUACUAAUUACGACUUAAUUGUUGAAAUUAAAACAUUCAAAUGCUAAAUAGGAGAAUAUUUGA